UGCGCUGCGUUUAUUGAUCGGGUUGUUUUGGAGCCUCUCACGUGCUCUGUUUGGACGAGCGGGGCGUGCAGCCGCCUGGCUCUCGCGCCGGCCCCCGCCUCGUGGGAGACCGGGAUUCCAUCUUUCGUGAUGGCAUCCUUAAGGGAUCGAGGUUUGAAGACGUAACUUCUCCGCGCGCAUUGGAUGAUGCCCAAGGCUUUUCUACCCAAUGAUCCUCCUGCAACACGCCGGGCUGCCUCUGCCUAAGCGGCCCUCCUCCUCUCCUCCUAUGUCAGUGGCCGCCAGGUCUACAGGGACCUUGCAGCAUCCACCGCAGAGGCCUUUUGUGCAGGAGGCUUCCCUACCGCUGGCAGGGGAAGAAGAGUUACCAAAGGCAGGGGAGCAAGACCCUACCCUGGAGGAUCUGUGUAAGCCCCUUUACUGCAAACUCUGCAAUGUCACCUUGAACUCAGCGCAGCAAGCCCAGGCUCAUUAUCAGGGUAAAAAUCAUGGUAAGAAACUCAGAAAUUACUAUGCAGCAAACAGCUGUCCUCCUCCUGCCAGAAUGAGCAAUGUGGUAGAACCUGUGGCCACUCCAGCUGUUCCAGUCCCUCCACAGAUGGGCUCCUUUAAGCCGGGAGGCCGAGUGAUCCUGGCCACAGAGAAUGAUUACUGUAAGCUCUGUGAUGCCUCCUUUAGUUCUCCAGCUGUGGCUCAGGCUCACUAUCAAGGGAAGAAUCAUGCCAAGAGACUGCGGCUGGCGGAAGCUCAGAGUAACUCGUUCUCGGAAUCCUCAGAGGCCGGUCAACGGCGGGCCCGGAAAGAAGGGAAUGAAUAUAAAAUGAUGCCUAAUAGGAGAAAUAUGUAUACAGUACAGAAUAAUACAGGUCCGUACUUCAAUCGCCGCUCUCGGCAGAGAAUUCCGCGUGAUCUGGCCAUGUGCGUUACUCCAAGUGGCCAGUUUUACUGCUCGAUGUGCAAUGUUGGGGCUGGCGAAGAGGUGGAAUUCCGGCAUCAUUUAGAGAGCAAGCAGCAUAAAAGCAAGGUGUCUGAACAGCGGUACAGGAAUGAGAUGGAGAAUCUGGGCUAUGUAUAGGGAUCGUUGUGUUCAGAUAGAGCAGCUCGUCCUGCCUGUUAUUUGCCUUCUGUCAACAUGCCCUGCUUUGUGGUCCUUUUGAUAUAAGUACAUUCCUCUGCUUAAUGUUAAUACUUGUAACUGCAGUGGUACCGUGAGAUGUCAACAUUGGGGAAGGACAAGAGCGUGCUUCUUAGGUCAUGAUGCUUUUUCAGGUCAGCUGUGUUGAGUUACUUAGAGCAUGUGACCUCCCUACCCCAUGAAAAAUAAAUUUUUAUCUUGACCAAGUUCUGGUCAGUAAGAAGCCUGACCACUUAGAGCUUUAACUAUUUAAAAAUCUCAUCUUCGUUUGCAAUUUUGUGUACUGUUAAGGAUUUUAUUGAGUUCUUCAGAUCACAGUAAAAACAGGUAAGCAGAGAUUUCACUUUCCCAAGGCUCCUUUGGAACCUCACCUCAACUCAAUAUCUUGUCGGUAGGACAUACUAUUAUAAACUGCAUUAGGGUCUUUCCCAGGACAUUUUUCCUCUUAUCAUGUCUUCCCAUGAUUGAGAUGAAGGUUUUCUUGGAUUCAGACACCUCCGAAGUCCUUGUGGACUUCCAAACAGUGUAACUUCAUUUCCAGUUAUGGAUUUCACACGUUUAAAUGCUACCUUUCCCCAUCCUCGCCACCCCGGUUGAAUUAGCUUGUCCCAUAAGGUCAUUUUCAUGUCCCAUCUAUGUUGUGGGAUUUCCAAGCCCCACAUUUGAAUAUCCAAUGAAUUUAAGAUAGAUACGAUAUUUUUUUAAAAAAAUAUUUUUCAGCUGGUUUUAGGAAAUGUAAAGAUGUGUUUGAUUUUUCAAUUUAGAGUUACUUAGUUGAUAAUAACUUGUUACUUAUAUGAUGGCCUCAGUCAUAAAUUUAGAUCUCUGGGUAUUUGGUUUGGCAGACUGUAGAUACACUGAUCCUUAUAUUUUACUUACAUUCAUCUGUGUGUUGUUAGUUGGCUGUCCUGAAAAAUACUGUUUCACAGAGAGGAAUUUUUAAAAAGUUGAUUCAAUUUCAUUAUCAUUUCAAGUAGAAAAAUACAUGAACUUUGAUUUCAUUCUUUCUAAUUAAGCUUCCUUGAAAAUAGUAGAAAUACAUUAUAGAUUACUUGUUAUCUGAUAAUUACAGCAGUAUUAUUAGUUUUGUAUUUUUUUUUAAAGCUCUAGUGUAUGUCUAGAUUAAGUAAUGGAGUACUCUAUGAACUUUCAUUAACUGUAUUUUACCUACUUACUGUAUUUACAUGGAUAAGGCUGGUGCUCAUCCAUACUUCUUUUGAAAGGCCACAAAGAAGUUUAUGUUGAGCAGUAUUUUUGCAUUAUGGUCAAUUCAUACUUGAUUGCUCAUUAAAAAAUACCAAACUCCCGUUUUCCCUUGAGAAUUCUAUAUGCAAAGAGAUGAGGAGAAGGAAAAUUAUAACAAUUCCUUUCUUUAAUACUUCUAAACAAUGUUGAACGCUCUAGACUCAUGUUUAAAAUUCAGUUUUGUGAUUAACCUCUGGUACAGUAUCAAGUCACUCUUCUGUUGGAGUGAUGGUUUUUGAAAAGUAAAAUUAUUUAAUAAUAUUUUUCUUUCCCAGAAACAGAAGAAUAAUAUUCAGUUGAGAUUCUCUUUAGAGCUGUGACUCUUAGCAAAAUAAUCCUUUGUGCAGUAAUUUAUAAAAUACAGUUGAUGAGUUUAGGGCAAUUUAGAACUUAUUUUAUUGGUCAGUACAUUAUUCAUUUUGCUGCUAAGUAUAAUUUUUUGGUAGAUUUUAAUAUUACAGUGCUGGCCACUUGGUUCUAUGAUUAUUUAAAAAUCCCAUUUUCCCUUCUCUCUGUAUGUGUAUUUAUAUACAUAUAGACACAUGUAUAAAAUUAUAGGUAUAUGCUUUUAUGUGUUACCACAGAGAAGAUUUCAUUGAAUUCUUAUUUCAGAUAACAGUAAAAGAUUGUGGAUAAGAAUUUGCAUUUUGUAAAGGUGACAUUCAUCCACUUUCAGUUUUUCCUUUGCAAAUAAAAUUAAAGGAAGGGUUUUCCUCACUCUCCCCACCUAAUAAUUUCAUUAUAUAUACAAAAACCAGUGGAUUUAAGGCCUUGAUGUGUUUUUCUGGCCUUUCGUGUUCAGGUUGCCAGUCUCCCAGUGCCCUUAAUGGAUGUUAGGAAUGCAUAAACGCAUUUUCUUUGAAAGAAAAAAGAUCUAUAGUGUUAUUUCUUACUUGCUAUAUUUCUUUGCACUAAAAAAGAGCUAUGUUUUUGUUUUAUAUGAACACUUUAGAUACCAUAUUGCCUACAAUAACUUGGUUUGCUCCUUAAUUUCUAAACUCUAGGAAGUUGGUAAAUAACUUCCGUGAUCAUUUAUAGAAGUUACAUACACACCCCCCUAAAAAGCCCCUACACAUCUCUGUGACAGUGGGUUGUGUUCUGGGCUCGAUACCUUGCAAUGAUCUGUGUUCCAUAGGUGAGACAAAGGGUGAGGCUGUCAGAAAGGAAAUGCCUGAAUAAAGACAUUUCUGCAUGGUGCAGUUUCUCAUAUCCACGCAUUCCUCAUAGACAGUGUUUUCCCUGUCGGAAAGCUUGUUGUGACUACUGCAGUCCGUGACUUGUGAUCUCUGUUGAUUUCAUUUGUGAAGUCCAGUCUUGCUCUGUAACGUGCUUGAGACUUUGCAUCCUGUGUUCCCCAGGAAUCAUGUUAGUGUCUUUUAUAUGCUGUGUACAAGGACAGACUGAGGCCCAACUGACGGAACAUCUGGAGUCAAUUAAAUUAAAUAGAUUUCAGUAAUCACCUGCAAGAACUCAUGGCAUCCAAGUCUAUCUUCUCUGUGAAUAUCUUUGGGUAAGUUGUCAUUGUGAGAAGAUGACAGAAACUCUGCUAACAUAUUGAGGGCAAGAAGUUGUAAAGGAAAAAUAACAUGUCCCAAUUAAAAGAUUGGAUUGCAUAUGCCUUUGAAGUGUUGUUGUUUUUUCCCCCCAAAAAAGUGAAGCUAUAAAACUGAGUUUGCCAUGUAUUCCUUUUGACUCCACAUUGAACAGAAAAUACAUUA